CAUUCUCUUCUUCUUUUUCCUGGAAAAAUUCAUAUUUUCCUACUGAAAAACUCAGAUUUAACUCUCACACUCCCUUUUCUCACUAUCAUCUUCCUUUUCUUUUCUUCAUUCCUUUUGAUCCUUCAAGACAAAAACUGAAAAACCCUUUUCUGUUAUUCCCUCUUCCUCUUCUUGUUCAUCCAAAAGCUGUAACCUUUAACCCAAGCUUCUUCUCUUCCGUCUUUUUACCAACAUGGGUUUCUCUCAUUCUGACCUGGAAUCAGAAUCCAAGAAGUGGGUAAUUGCCGGAAUCACUGUUCGGUCUCUCAAACCCAUCAACACGAAGCGCAUUAAUGGCGGUGACAACAAAGACGACAAUGGUGAAGAACUUUCCACAACACCCACAGCUAAGGAAUCAAGAAUACCCGACAAUUUGUCUUGCCCGCCGGCGCCGCGGAAGUGCAGACCUCAGACCAGAUGUGGUGGUGGCAGUGGCGGUGUCAGAGAGUUCUUCACACCACCUGAUUUGGAGAGUGUGUUCAAGUGCCAUAAAGCCAAAUGAUUCUACUUCAUUCAACUAACAGCCAACAAGGUCUUAGAAGAGAGAGAUUUGGGUAGUGUACUUUUAUUUGGAACUCAAAAUUCAAUUUCUAUAUAUAUGUAUAUGAUAAAGUAAGUGAUUUCAGCUGUUCAUGAUGAGAAAAAAAGAAGAAGCAAUGGUUAGUUUUGCAAACACAUACUUAAAAGUUACGGUGUGUUUGUUUCAUUACUUCACAUACAUGGUUUAUUAUGUAUGUGUUUGUGAGAGUUCAUGAAUGAUUGGAAUUGCCUGCUUUGUUCUAGUGGGGUGAGUUUUUUUGUUCUGAAUGCUUGUAAUUGCUCUUUCUUCUUUUCCUAGGUUGAGAAACAAGAACUUGUGUAUAAAGUUUGAAGGAAAAAGGGAAUGAUAUUUAGAAGUCAGAAA